GUCAGCGCAAUGGCAUCCACUAAUCAUUUCACCUCUUUCACAAUCACCCAGCCUUUCCUGGGUGCUCCUCUACAAUUCCAGCCUGCCCUGGGCUCCAAGGAACUUGAGGACUUGAUUGAUCUCUACGUUACUGGUUCAGCAUCUAAGUCGAACAAAUUGUCCGAGAUUACAAUUGACUUCUACAAUAAUGCAACCGUCGACCUCAAUACCGGUGCCCUCACCCGCACGUACAAUGUCCUCUCUCAAUGGUCUACCAAUGAGCAGAGCCCAGCUUCCCAAUCCUCUGGAUUCUCUCCAGUCUUUACCACAAGCCCUGGCUCUUCUGCCAACUUUGGUGAUUCUGGAUAUGGCUCCUUCAGCAUGACUCCUCCAACCAACACUCGCGGACGAGUUACGAAGAAGCCCCGCAAAGAGACCAAGAAGGAGGAGACCAGAUUGCCUGGUUUCUCCAUCAUGACCAAGGACGGCAUCGAUGUUACUAGCUCCGCUGGUCGGGGAACAAAGACAAAGGAGCAGCGCGAGCAUGCACAUUUGAUGAGAAUCAUGAAGGCGUGCCCAGACUGCAAGCGCAAGAAGAUUCGCGUAUGUUUACCCCUUUUCUCGCUACAAAGGUACUUCGCUAAUCGAGUCUGCAGUGCGAUCCAUCACAUCGAAGAUCCGAAGAUAUGUCACGCACAUCUACCUCUACUACCAAAUCCUCUUCUUCCUCGUCAUCUCACCCGAAGCCGAGUCCCCCGAGUACAAUGCCGUCCUUAA